AUUGAGAUAACAUAGACUAACACUGUGUAUUUGAGUGAACAGAAAGUGUUGGAGAUUUCACUUUUCUGUCUGUUCCGCUUUUUCAUCAUGGAUGACACAUCCCUAGAAGAUUUUUCUCCAGGAUACAGUUCAGCUGAUCAGAAGAGAUCAGAAGCAGAGCCCAGCUGUGUGUUUAUGAAGAGUGAUGAAUCUAUAGGUCAUCCACAACAUUUAAGUCAUGAAGACCUCAACAUGUUUAGAUCAAAUCUAAUGAAGAAGUUUGAGCAUCUGUAUGAGGGAACAGCGACACAGGGAAACCCAACACUCCUGAAUGAGAUCUACACAGAGCUCUACAUCACAGAGAGUGAGAAUGGAGAGAUCAGUAAUGAGCAUGAGGUGAGACAGAUUGAGACACAAUCCAGGAGAACAGCAACAGAGGACACAGCCAUCAAAUGCAAUGAUAUCUUUAGACCUUUACCUGAACAAGACAAAGCCAUCAGAACUGUUCUGACAAAGGGAGUCGCUGGCAUUGGAAAAACAGUCUCUGUGCAGAAGUUCAUCCUGGACUGGGCUGAAGGGAAAGAGAAUCAGGACGUCCAUCUUAUAUUUCCACUUCCUUUCAGGGAAAUCAACUUGAUGAAGGACAAAACACUCAGUCUUUCAGAUCUUCUUCAUGUCUUUUUUCCUGAAACUAAAGAAAUUGAAAUGUCCAGAGAUGAAUAUAAAGCGUUGUUCAUCUUUGAUGGUUUAGAUGAGUGUUGUCUUCCUCUGGACUUUAAGAGCAAAAUUAAAUUGUAUAAUAUAUCUAAAUCAGCUUCAGUGGAUGUGCUGCUGAUGAACCUCAUUGUGGGGAAUCUGCUUCCCUCUGCUCUCAUCUGGAUCACCUCCAGACCAGCAGCAGCUGAUCUCGUCCCCUCUGAGUGUGUAGAUCGAGUGACAGAUGUACGAGGCUUCAAUGAGCCACAGAAGGAGGAAUACUUCAGGAAGAGAAUCAGUGAUCAGAGCCUGGCCAACAGGAUCAUCUCACACCUGAAGUCAUCAAGGAGCCUCUACAUCAUGUGCCACAUCCCAGUGUUCUGCUGGAUCUCAGCCACUGUUCUAGAGAAGAUGUUGAGUCAAGCAGGGAGUGGAGAGAUUCCCAAGACUCUCACUCAAAUGUACACACACUUCCUGAUCCUUCAGACCAACAUUAAACAUGAAAAGGACUAUAAGAAGAAGGUGAAAGAUGAAGACAUGAUCCUCAAACUGGGCAAAGUGGCUUUUGAGCAGCUUGUGAAAAGUAAACUGAUCUUCUGUGAGGAAGACCUGAGAGAGUGUGGCAUUGAUGUGACGGAAGCAUCAGUGUACUCAGGAUUGUGCACUCAGAUCUUCAGAGAGGAGAUUGGCUUGUAUCAGGGGAAAGUCUUCUGCUUUGUUCAUCUGAGCAUUCAGGAACAUUUAGCAGCUCUAUAUGCGCACCUCUCCUGGACAAACCACAGCAGAAACGUGAUGCGGUUUAAAGUGAAGGACUUGUUUCAGCUCAAUCCAGCAAAACAUUUUUCAUUAUCUGAGCUUCAUCAGAGCGCUGUGAAUGAGACUCUACAGAGUAAAAAUGGACAUCUGGAUCUUUUCCUGCGGUUCCUUCUGGGUUUGUCAGUGGAGUCUCAUCAGAUUCUCCUUCAACGAAUAAUGAUUCUGAAAAGAAGCAGCUCUGACACCAAUGAGAAAACAGUUGAGUACAUCAAGAAGAAGAUCAGAACCAUUGACUCUCCAGAGAAAUCAAUCAAUCUUUUCCGCUGUCUGAAUGAACUGGGUGAUCGUUCACUAGUAGAGGAAAUACAACAGUAUCUGAAAUCUGGAAGAUUAUGUGAAGCCAAACUCUCUUCAUCUCAGUGGUCAGCUGUAGUUUUUGUGUUGUUGACAUCAGAAGAGGAACUGAAUGAGUUUCGUCUUGAUAAAUUUGUUAAAGGAAUUAAUAAGCCUGAAAAUGUGAAAGUUCUUCAGAAGUUGCUGCCUGUGAUUAAAGAAUCCAGAUCAGUUCAGUUGAGUAACUGUGGAAUCACAGAUGAAGGUUUUGCUGCUCUGGCUUCAGCUCUGAGAUCAAACCCCUCACACUUGAGACUACUGGAUCUGUCUGGGAAUAAACUAGGAGAUUCAGUGAAGCUGCUUUCUGAUGUACUACAGAAUCCACACUGUAAACUGGAGACACUGUGUCACGUCUCAGCUGGUCGCCCUGAGCCUCAUCACAUCACGUCUGACCUCCCAGAGUCUCGUCUCGUCUCGUCUGAUCAUCCAAAGUCACGUCACGUCCCAUCUGCUGCACCCAGGUCACCAAGGUCGGUUUAUCAUUACCCCAAUCUCAAAUGGGGACGUCUGUCCUAG